CUCUCCCGCUCUGUCUGGCGGAGCCGUGGACAGGAUUGGAGGCUAGUAGUGAGUGACUGCGGAGAGAGAGAGAGACUGAAGAGAAGAGAAGAGAGGAGAGCAGAGCAGAAGAGAAGAGAGAUCUAUAGUAGCAGCAUCUCUGCUGGAUACCUCUUCAAUAUUUAAAGCAGAAUCUUUCCUCAUCCAGCUCGAGCAUCACACUUCCCACCGGACCCCCCAUCACCCAACCCUUACCAGGGGGACUUAUGUACAGCACAGAGGGUUUACCACCCCGGACAUCCACACAGGGAGCCAUGUGAGACCCCCUUGCGCUGCUGAAAUCCCUCCAAAGAGGUGCUCUGAAUCGGGAUUGAAACCAAGGAUUGUAUCCCCCCUGCCUGAAACCCCCUCCAGGGUUUGUGGAUCUUCUCUAGCUGCGGGAGGAGGAAGGGAAGGGAGGGACUGCCAGGUCUCUGCAUACCCAGCUGGGAGACACUCUUCUCUGGGCAAGUGUGGGGUGUGUGCCCCCCUUGGGCUGGAGGCCAGCGCUCCAGCACCAUGGAUUACCUACCUGGGAUUGUACUGCUGCUGCUGUCCUGUGGGGCGGUGGUGCCGGGGCAAGGGGAGCCCAAGCACAGCGUCCCUAGGCUAAAGCUUUCCUACAGGGAGAUGGUAGAGUCCAAUAAUCUCAUCACCUUCAACGGCCUCACCAACAGCUCCGGCUACGACACCUUCCUAUUGGACGAGGAGAGAGGAAGACUGUUGGUGGGCGCCGAGGACCACGUCUUCUCCUUUGACCUGGUCAAUCUCAACAGAGAGCACAAACAGAUCGCAUGGCCAGCCACGCCCUCAAAGCGGGACGAGUGCAAGUGGGCGGGGAAAGACCUUGGGAAAGAGUGUUCCAACUUCAUCCGAGUGCUCCAGCCCUACAACGCCACCCACCUGUAUAUCUGUGGUACAGGGGCCUUCCACCCCAUCUGUGCCUACCUGGAGAUGGGCAAACGGGCAGAGGACAACAUCUUUCGACUGGAGUUGUCCCACUUCGAGAACGGCCGGGGGAAAAGCCCCUACGACCCCAAGAUGCUCUCUGCGUCCAUCAUGUUAGAUGGGGAGCUGUACUCUGGCACGUCGGCAGACUUCAUGGGAAGGGACUUUGCCAUCUUCCGUACCCUGGGGGAGCAUCAUCCUAUCAGGACUGAGCAGCAUGAUUCUAGAUGGCUCAAUGACCCAAGGUUUGUAGGUGUAAACCUGAUCCCAGAGAGUGACAACCCUGAAGAUGACAAGAUCUUCCUGUUCUUCAAAGAGAACGCCAUGGACGGAGAACACACUGGCAAGGCCACCAUCGCCCGCAUAGGACAACUGUGUAAGAAUGACCUGGGAGGUCACAGGAGUCUGGUCAACAAGUGGACCACCUUCCUCAAGGCCAGACUGACCUGCUCAGUGCCAGGCCUCAACGGCAUCGACACACACUUCGAUGAGCUGCAGGAUGUCUUUCUAAUGAGCUCCAAAGAUCCUAAGAACCCAGUGAUCUAUGCUGUAUUCACCACUUCUAGUAACAUAUUCAAAGGCUCAGCAGUGUGUAUGUACAACAUGGCAGACAUCCGGAGGGUCUUCCUGGGUCCCUAUGCCCACCGAGAUGGGCCCACCUACCAGUGGGUACCCUUCCAGGGGAGGGUGCCCUACCCCCGCCCUGGCACGUGCCCCAGCAAAACGUUUGGGGGCUUCGACUCCACCAAGGACCUCCCUGAUGAUGUGAUCACCUUCGCGCGGGGCCACCCGGCCAUGUUUAACCCCGUGCACCCCAUCGGGGGUCGUCCCAUCGUGGUGCGGACCGACGUGGACUACCAGUUCUCCCAGCUAGUGGUGGAUAAGGUGGAGGCCGAGGACGGACAGUACGACGUCAUGUUCAUCGGAACAGACCUGGGCACAGUCCUGAAGGUGGUUACCAUCCCAAGAGAGAGCUGGCAUGACCUGGAAGAGGUGGUCCUGGAGGAGAUGACCGUGUUCAGGGAGUCCACCCCCAUCACGGCAAUGGAGCUUUCCACCAAACAGCAACAGCUGUACCUGGGCUCGGCGCUGGGCGUUUCCCAGAUGCCUUUGCACCGCUGUGAGGUGUACGGGAAGGCUUGCGCUGAGUGCUGUCUGGCCCGCGACCCCUACUGUGCCUGGGACGGAACAGAGUGCUCCCGUUACUUCCCUACCGCCAAGAGGAGAACAAGACGCCAGGACAUCAGGAAUGGAGAUCCACUCUCCCAGUGCUCUGACCUGCAGCAUCAUGAUGACGUAGACGGUCUGGGUCAUGUGGAGGACAGGAGUGUGUACGGAGUGGAGAACAGCAGCAUGUUCCUGGAGUGUAGUCCCAAGUCCCAGAGAGCCCUCAUCUACUGGCAGCUCCAGAGACCCAACGAGGACCGCAAACAGGAGAUCAAAUCGGAGGACAGGGUGAUCCGCACGGAGCAGGGCCUGCUCAUCCGCACUCUCACCCAGACCGACUCGGGCGUCUACACCUGUCACGCUGUGGAGCACGGCUUCAUCCAGCCCCUCCUCCGCCUCUCCCUCCAGGUCAUCCCCACACAGAGGCUGGGUGAGCUGCUGCCCGGUGGUCCUCUUGGUGGAGUUGGAGGGUCUGGUGGUGCAGAUGGGCCUGCUGGUGCAGGUGGGUCUGGUGGUGCAGGUCACUCGACAAAACACAAGCUGUGGUAUAGGGAUUUCCUCUCCCUCCUGGACCACCCUGACCUGAACAGCGUGGAGGAGUUCUGCGAGCGCGUGUGGCGGAAGGAGCGCAAGCAGCGGCGCCUGAAAACCCCCACUAUCACCACCAAUGGCCAAAGUCUGGCUAGGCUUGACGGAGGAGCUCCAAGCUCAGGCCUAAAGCCUAAAAGUAGUCCUCUUGGCGCAGGUGCACCCAAUGCCCAGAAGCAGCAGAGUGGGUCUCCUAUGGUGCAGCAGCAGAGCAAAGAGGGGAGCCCCCGGAGCACGAACACCCAGAAGGUGCAACUCCAUGUGGGCACGUUGACCCAGGCCCAGGCCCCUACAAACAACAACAACCAGAAUGGCCAGAACUCUCAGGCUACACCCAACACCCAGAGCCCCCAGAAGGGCCAGGACGCCCUGGGGGGAAACCUGGGGGGGACCCAGGUGCCUGGUGGGGGGGCCAGAGGUGGACCCCAGCACACAGCCAAAUGGAGGCGGAUGCAGGACAACAAGAAGGGGCGAAACAGGAGGACCCACGAGCAACAGAGACCCCCGCGGAGUGUCUGAGAUGACCACAGCAACACACACACACACACGCGGACAUACACACACUUAUGCACAUACUGCUAAAAUAUAGACUUGCUAUCCCAUAAAGAUAUACUGUAGGAACACACAUAAUGCAGUACAGUCAUGGACAUAUGCUCAUACACACAUACUAUGUAGACAGAGAAAGACCGUCCCAAUGGAAUGCUCUUAUACAUACACAUGAAGGACUCACGCACACACGCACACACACACACACACUGCAAAUACCCUGUGAAGACUUGGAGAAGACUGGCGACUAACAGGACGUUAAAGACUGAGGCUAAACUGGAAUCGUAUAUGUACUGUACCUGCUAACCAUGUGGAUAUACUGGCCCAGGGUGUACAAUGUGAGGAACUGUAUAUUCCAGGUCCGUGUUGCAAGGGGGACCGAGUUGCCUGGCGGACACAUAGCCCUCCUGUACAUAUGCUACUUCCUUAUAGGACUGGGAUGGGGUUCAAAAACAUUCAUUUUCAGUGAGGAUGAUACAUGUUACAUUUACACACCUCUGGACAAGUUUGGACAAUGGCCCAAUGCAUGGAUACAGGACAUUUCAGAAGGGAUUGAGACGUUAAAGUUCAGUAGGGACGUCCGUUACUGCAGCUACUGGCCUUGUUGACAUGCACAUGAGAGAAGGAAGAGGAUGCCCACUAUAUAGAGACUGGAAGAACUAUAAGGAUAAGGAAUCAUUUGUCCAGUCGAUUGCAAACUACAACAGAAAUACAUCAAAAGAAGCACAGUCAUUUUCAGAGAGUGAACUGCAAUUCCCACAAUACAGUUGGUCGGCUCAACUUUGUUCAAUUGAUUCAAUUCACAAUGACUCUCAUGAAUGAGCACUUUGGGCUUGUACAUAGAGCUUGACUGUCUUAUAGGUCAAACAGAUUAAAUGGGGCACGGUUAGCUGGUUGACAAUCCACAACGAUGCCCCCCAUAUUGUUUGUAGUUCAAUAACAGAAUGAUUCAAUAUAAAACGACAAAAUCCACAAUAGCCUGUGGUCUGUGCAACAAAGUCAAGCUUCUCUUCCUCCCAAGGCUUGAAAAGCAUCAUGCAUGUCGUAGUCAAUCGAUGUUCAUGAUUUGAAUAAGCUAUUUCUCGCCAGUUACCUGCUAUGUAAUUUGAACAAAGUUAUUUUUUAUGUUAAAGGAGUCCUAUAAAAAGAAAAAUACAUUUAUUGUUUUUAUUUGCUAUUUACUUUUCUCACUCUCCCUACAAACCACUGCAUCCCUGUUGGGGUAAACAAGUAUGUAGUAGAAUUUUUUGACCUACCCCUUUAAGUUAUUUUAGUUUCUUUGCUCUUUUUCCUGGAGUUUGCUGCGUGUGAACUUAUAAUUCCAGUCAUAUGUUCGUGCUCAGUCUGGAAAGCAGACUGCCUAUUGAUCCUGUACAUAUACACACAACAACAAAACGACUCUUUAUGUAUGUAAAUAUAUACAACCAGAACACCACUUGAUUAUUUAUUUCUCAUUGUUUUGUGAAAGGGUUGCAUUUAUUUUUGAUAUUCUGGUAUUUUGGCUCAUCAAUAUUCAAGAAAACAAAACUGCGACACGUUGAGAAACACAGAUGGACCAAUGAGGACGGACUUCCUCUGUCAAGGACUCUGUCAAGGAAACACAGAUGGACCAAUGAGGAUGGACCUCCUCUGUCAAGAGUGGGAGCAGGGGGUUGUUGUGUGUUUUAUAGUAUCCAGACUGAGAGCCUUCAGAAUGAUAAGCACAAGUUUCUCCUGCCCUCUUCUUCUACGUGUCUGUCCCUUCUGCUCUUUUCGGAAAUGGGUGAUUUUUCUACCCAGGAGGUUUUUCCGUUGGAGUUUGGAACCCCAUACACUAUUUCAUUUGCUCAUCCCAAAUACUCAUUGUAUGUAAGAUAAUACUACCCAAAACCUGACAAACAUUAGCUGUGAAUUUCUAUGUAAGAACUAGUAAGGAAAACGUUAAAAUCUAAACCUAGUCUGAGGAGAAGACGCUGAGUUAAAGCUGCAUGUAAACGCUACCUAAGUGCAACUUUUCUAUUGUCUCUAGAUGUUUCCUGUGAGAGGUAAAUGUCCUAUAGGCAAGAUGUGUAAGAGAGAUGUGAAUAUUCUUCCUUUUUGCCAAAACAAAGACGCCAACAUGUACCAGGGGUGUAUUCACUAGGAACCUAACAGAAGCAAACAGGCCGAAACGGGGAGGGACUAACCUGAACUUGUCCAAUAAGAAACGCACAAUUUUGUUGCAAAUCGUUUUCCGUAGCAAAACGUUUUGCUAUGGUGUCUGCUAAUGAAUACACCCCAGUAAUGUUACUCCAACCCCAAAACUUGUAUUAAGACCUUAAACUUUUCAUACAACAAUGUGUUUCCCCCUCAGUAUACAACAAGAGUGAUGUGUCAAUGCAAUAAUGGACAGCAAAUAGCAAGGUUUCCCUGAGGUUUGCGGUAUGUUUCCAGUCUCUCACGGUGUGUAGGGUGGACGAGGAGAGAAGCGAUACCACUGCUGUAAUAUGGUUCUUCCUGGCAUGCGUUCAGUUGUCUAAUUAAACAUUUCCUGUAAAACCUA